CUGUUGCUUGGGGCAGGUUGGAAAGUCUCAGACAUUCAACAGGCGGCUGCAGAGCAGUUCGCUACAAGCAGCAGCUACUGCGCACACCGUGACGCAACUCUCUGGGUCGGGGUUAUAUUUGACAGGAGCGCCCGGACCAUGUCCGUGAAGUGAUUGGAACUUUGUGCGGUUAGUUGUUGUUAGUAUUUGUACAUUUUGUUGAGUUGUGUUAUUGGUUAAGGAGAGAUAACUAGGUGCCAUGGCGGAAGCACCACAGCCUCCUCCGCUUGGAGUGGAUAUAGACCCUGAUUUCGAGCCCUUGUCUCGGCCACGAUCUUGUACCUGGCCGCUUCCUCGUCCGGAGUUUAACCCAAGUAGUUCGGCUAACUCCUCCCCGGCGCCCUCGCUGCAGCCGGACCCUACAGCCGGGAAUGUGAACUUUAUGAACAACUUAAGUCUACUGGAGGAGAGCGAGGACUUUGACCCGGCCGAUGCGUUGGGGGUGUGCGGGGACUUUCAGCAGCAGUGUCCUGACAUCCUUCAACACCACGAGAGGCUGCAACACCCACACCAGCAGCAGCACCCCCAGACCGGCCCGCUUCACGCACCUCCAGCGGUGCCAGCGUUGUCACCUGCCUCCUCCCCGUCCCCCCUGGGAGCCCAGCAGCCCCGCAAGAGCAGCUCAUCCCGCCGCAACGCCUGGGGGAACCUGUCAUACGCCGACCUUAUUAGCCAGGCCAUCGAGAGCUCCCCGGAGAAGAGGCUUACUCUUUCUCAGAUUUACGACUGGAUGGUCAAAAGUGUCCCUUACUUCAAGGAUAAGGGAGACAGCAACAGUUCUGCAGGCUGGAAGAAUUCAAUUCGGCAUAACUUAUCACUUCACAGUAAAUUUGUGAGAGUGCAAAAUGAAGGAACCGGCAAAAGUUCAUGGUGGAUCCUUAAUCCAGAAGGAGGAAAAAAUGGCAAAUCUCCUAGAAGAAGAGCAGCCUCUAUGGACAACAACAGUAAAUUUGCUAAAAGCAGAGGAAGAGCUGCAAAGAAAAAAGCCUCCUCCAGUCCAGGCCAAGACGGAAGUGGAGAUUCCCCUGGAUCACAAUUCUCAAAGUGGCGAAGCCCAAAUUCGCACAGCAAUGAUGACUUUGAAGCAUGGGGAACAUUUCGUCCUAGAACAAGCUCUAAUGCAAGCACAAUAAGUGGGAGACUUUCCCCCAUCAUGCCUGAGCAUGAUGAUCUUGGAGAUGGAGAUGUACACUCACUGUGUAUUCUUCUUCUGCAAACAAGUUGGCUUCCUACUUUGCCAAGCCUUUCAGAAGUUGGAAAUUCUGAACAUAUGGAGAAUCUUUUGGAUAACUUGAACCUUCUGUCCACCGCACCCUCAUUGACCGCUUCAACACAGUCCUCACCUGCAACAAUGAUGCAGCAAAGUGGUUAUUUAUUUACGUCCCCAAACACAAGUAUGGGUUCAGCCAACACCGAAUACAGGAAAUAUUACAUAUGGACAAAACAAGCAUGAACUCUGUUUCCACAGAUGCCUAUGCAAACACUGCAAGACAGUAAACCCAGUUAUAGACAGGUUAGCUCGUACAACUGUCCUGCUGGACUUCUAAAGGAGCUGCUUACAUCAGAUUCACCACCACAUAAUGAGAUUCUGACCCCAGUAGAUGCUGCUGUUUCACAAGCCAACAGUAGUAGAGUUCUGGGUCAAAAUGCUCUAAUGGCAUCAAAUUCUGUAAUGUCAACCUAUGGAAACCAGCCAAACCAUAGUAAAAUGAGCACAAUUAGCCACUCUCAUCAGCCACAUAACCAGCAAACUUCAAUCAAUGGUCGUGCCUUGCCACAUACAGUGAGUACCAUGACACACAGUCCUGUUAACCGCUUAUCUACAGUGAAAACCUCAUUGCAAGUGCCUAUGACUCAAUCUAUUCAUAUGGGAGGUAUGAGCCCUUAUCCUGUCAAUAGCUGUAAUGGCUACGGAAGAGUUGGCAUUGUGUCCAUUCACCAGGAAAUGCUUCCUAGUGACUUGGAUGAUAUGCUAAUUGAAAGCUUAGACUGUGAUGUAGAUUCAAUUAUUCGCAAUGACCUCAUGGAGGAUGAAGAAGCAGAUUUUAACUUUGACAGCAUAUUACCUAAAAGUUUUCCACACAGUGUAACUGCAACUACCACACACAGCUGGGUGUCUGAUAAAAUUGAAUACUACACAUCAGCCAUGUCAGCCAAAAAAGAAUUGGGUGUGCAAGGCAGGGAGAGGAGGAAGAUAGAGCAGGAGCAACUAUCUAAGAUAGCUGGAAUCCUUGACAGGUUUCUUGUGAACACUGCUGAAAGUGCACCAGCCCCAGGUUCAUCACCAGAACCUGAUCCAGGCAUUUCUCUGGACAUUCCUAUUCUUGCUUUAGAAGCAGAGACAGCUUUGCCUGAGGAUGCUUCUACUUCUGCUCAGCCAAAUAUUCUACCAGAGAGUAUUGACCGAAGAGUUUUCAAUGAUAUUGGCUAUUGGCCUGAAACUGUGGAUGAAACUUUAAAAACUGAACUUGUCAAGAGAGGGACAGUGGAACUGCAGAAUAAGGAUGCAUUGUUUUCAAAAGACAGUGAUGGCAGGUCAUUUUCCAAGGACUGGUUCUACAUGAAUUUGGACAAUGGUGAGACUAUGUUAAGGACCUGGUUGAUGUUUUCUCCUUGCCAGAAUGAGGUCAUCAGCCUGCUUGGCGAUCAUAUAAGAACAGCCAUUUCUCAAAACAUCACCAAUGCCAAGUAUUUUGCGAUCAUGUUUGAUAGCACUCCGGAUAUUUCUCAUACUGACCAAAUGUCCCAAGUGAUUCGAUACGUGCACAUAGAAGAUACGGAAGUUAACGUGGUAGUCUUUCAUUGA